AUUAAUAUAUACUAUCCCUGAAAUUUUAGGAACACUCAAUAAAAUGACUUUCUUGGAUCAAGUGCCAAAUUUCAAAAUCUACAAUCAAGAAAACUGUACAGACCAUCUGUAUUGGAUUAUGGAAUUGAUUAUGGAAUCAUUGAAAAAAAUAUUCCAAAUGUACAAAUAUGGGACAUCGGCAAUUUGGAUCACGAUGUUACAUGUAAUCGGACAUGGCUUCAACUUCUGUCAUAUAUUUACGCAAAGUGCUGACGAUCUAACAUGUUUGUUUCGCAAUUAUUUCCACGCGACACAUGAACUUCCCAAAUUUCAUUAUUGGUUUUGGGGUACAAUGGCAGGUGUAACGGGAGUACUUUUAACAAUUGUAACUGGAUCGAUAUUCAUAUGUUCAUUGCCAAUGGUACGAAAAUCAUUCUACAAUUGGUUCUCUUUUGUUCACUCCUUAUAUCCAGUUUUCUACAUACUCAUGAUUUUACACGGCAGUGGAAGACUAGUACAAGAAUCAUAUUUUCAUUAUUUCUUUUUGGGACCAGCUAUUCUAUUUAUCUUCGAUAAAGUCAUAACUUUGACUAGGAAAACAAUAGAUACCAUUGCUCAAAGCAGAAAUCUUACCAUCAGAUGUAACAUGGAUAACAUUUCCUAAAAACCUUUAAUUUCAA